AUGUUAUCAUUAAAAGAAUAUCAAAGAAGGACUCCAAAUCAGCUAUCUGAAGAUCAGUAUAAAAUGGAUACUCUUAAAUAUUUACUAUCGUCAUAACCCAGUGUUAAUCGAUAGAGUAUUACAAAAAUCUAAAAUUAGAGAAUUUAAAUUGUACUAUUCAAAAUUUACCUUUGAAGUCUCCAUAUUAGAAUUAUGUCAAAUCUUAAUCUUCAAACAAACAUUCAAAACUCACCCCUGAAAAAUUAUUACAACCUAUCUAAAAAUCUUAUAUAAUACAAGGAAAUCUCUCAAAUCGUAAUCUUAGAAUGAAAAAAAUAAAUAAAUUGCAUAAGAGUCAAAGCCAAAUUGAACAUGUGUAUUUUCCCUAAAUUAUUAAUAAAAUUCGAAGAAAAAGCGGUUAAGAACCACUCAGCGAUAAACAAGUAUAUUUUAUUAAAUAUUAUUAGGUUAGAUUGGCUUCUCUUUAUCCAAAUACUUACGUAGCUUUUCAUUUGCAAUAAAAGGAGUCAAAAAGAAAUGAAAUGAGAAAGAAAACAAUAUUUAAAAGAAUGUCAAGUAUUUUGAUUAAGCACUCCAAUAAUUUAAAAUCUUAGACUCUAAUAGGAACACUCUAGUAGAAUAUUAUUGAUGAAAUUCCUUCUAAAUUGGUUGAAAAACCAUAAAAUAAUAGCCAAAAACAUGUUUAAAAAUCAAUUAAAUGCUUGAGAGAAUCCUAAGAAUUAUUUUGUAAUAUGGAGUACUCUGAAAAAUUAUUGUCCUAAGAUGAACUCUAAAAAAAUUCUUAAUCUCUAACUACUUCACCUAAAAUCAACAAAAAUUAAAAAUCAUUGAAGAGAUUUCUUGAUUCUUAAAAAGUAGUCCUAGAUAUUUGCAAAAAACAUCGAAAAACAUUUAGUUCUAUUCAAAAUUAUGUUAAUGAACGUUCAAAAAGCAAUCAGGCGAAAUCAAAAGGUUUAAUCUAAAGCUAAAUUCAUUUUUAAUAUUAAAAUUUACAAAGCCUUACAGAAACGGACACCUCUUCACCUAUCAAACUAAAAACGACAAAAUCUUGGCGAAAGCAUAAUCAUAUAAAAUCUCUUUCAAAUCUCCAAGAAAUAAGAGAAAUAUCAACAUACAGAUUAAAUAAUUAUAUAAUCUAAUAAUCAGCUUAAAAAUUCAAAAAUGUAUAUAUAUCAAGUUCUAGUAAAUCUAAACAAAUUUAAGAUAAAAUGUCAACUUGA